GCAUGUGACUCUCCCUUCUUGUAUGUACAUAUCCAUGCUCUCCAGCCUCUCCAGCCAUGCAUGCUGUACAUCGACAUGCUGGACGCCGAACAUGAUUCAUCCCACUGUGCAUGUCUGCGCUAACCAGCCCGAUAACAAAUGCGGGGUUAGCCACAUGCAUUCAUUAUGUCAUCGCCUCAAUCAACAUCAACAUCACCAUCAAUAUCAAUAUCAAAUAUCAACCUGGCUCACUCUACAAUUGACAUCCAAUCCUACCAUACUAACAUACACCCAACAUGUCGGACUCUGAACCCCCCUUUCCCUGGUCCCUCGGCGUCUUCGACGCCCACUGCCACCCAACCGACACCAUGACCUCCAUCUCGUCCAUCGCACACAUGCAGGCCUCCGCGCUAACCAUCAUGGCGACACGCGGCGAGGAUCAGGCGCUCGUCGACUCCGUAGCCAGCACACUAUCAAACACCAACAAAAUAAUCCCCUGUUUCGGCUGGCACCCAUGGUUCGCGCACCAAAUCAGUACCACCUCCACAAACCCAGACGACAACGCAUCCAAAAUAUCCCACUACCGCACCGUCCUCACCGGCUCAACCCCAACCGACACGGCCUUCUUCAACACCCUCCCAACGCCCAAACCGCUCUCCACCCUCCUCGCCGAAACUCGCGAGCGUCUGCUCGCCCAUCCCGCUGCUCUCGUCGGCGAAAUCGGGCUUGAUAAGGCCUUCCGACUGCCCUUGCCCUGGACACCAGAUCAGACUGAAGACCGCGAUGUAGGGCUGACGCCAGGAUCGCGCGAGGGUCGGAAUCUAUCUGUUUAUAAAGUAUCCAUGGAGCAUCAGAAAUUCCUGCUGAAAGCGCAGUUGCAGCUUGCAGGGGAAUUAGGCCGGGCCGUCUCGGUGCAUAGCGUACAGGCACAUGGGGCAGUUUUUGAUGUGUUGCAGGAGCUAUGGGCAGGGUAUGAGCGUCGGCGUGAGAGUCGACGGGGGAGAAGACAGCGAGAAUCAGAGCAGGUGGACGAGUCGACCACUGAAGAAGCUGAAGUCAUAAAGAGCCGCCCUUAUCCGCCGCGAAUCUGCAUGCACUCAUACUCCGGCUCCACCGAGCCAUUGAGGCAAUUCCUGCAUCCUAGCGUGCCGUCCGACGUCUAUUUCUCGUUUUCAUUCGUCAUUAAUUUUACCGGUCCGUCAGUCGAGAAGGUGGUGGCGGUGUUGAAGGCGUUGCCGGAUGAUCGGAUCUUGGUUGAGAGUGAUCUGCACUGUGCGGGGCCGGAGAUGGAUGGCCUUCUGGAACGGGCUGUGCGGAUAGUGUGUGGGCAUCGCGGGUGGGCGCUUGAAGAGGGUGUUGGGAUAUUGGCUGAUAAUUGGAGGCGGUUUGUCUUUGGUAGGUAAGAAUAGAUCAACCAUUACACGUACAUACAUAUAUGCAAGUUUAUGCUAUUUUCAACCAGACAAUGACAACCUCAAUGUCAACGUCAACGUUCAUAUAAAGGACGAUGAAACAUCAAACGCCCAAAAUGCCGCCUCCCGAAUUGCAUCAAUUCUGUACCAAGACCGGACAUAUCAAAGGUAAUUGCUCAACACCUCAAUCCGCGUUCGAGCCGCUUCGUCA